AACACUUCGUUCUAUUUUUCUUUCUCUGGGUCUUCUCUCUUUCCCGUUUCUAAUCACAAUCUGAUAUCAUGGAAACCAUUCUCUAUCCUCACUCCUCUCCUCUCUUCAGCCCCAAACCUUCCUCCUCAAAGGCCCUUUUCUCUCCUUCUAUCCAACCCAAGUCUAACUCUCUCUCUUUGAUCACCAAACCCAUUACAUCUAACCUCAAGAAACAGCCCUCUCAAUCAGCAAAACCAUUUCUAUCACUACCAAAAAGCUGGUUUUCACAUGCCCACCAUGGGCUAGCAGCUCUAGCUCUAUCUUUAGCUCUCAACUUUUGCCCACUCUUGCCUACUAAUUCUGCAUUAGCAUCUGAGUUUGAUGUGCUCAACGAUGGUCCACCACAGGAGUCAUAUGUGGUGGACGAUGCAGGUGUGCUUAGCAGAGUGACAAAGUCUGAUUUGAAGCGGUUGUUAUCAGAUUUAGAGUCCAGGAAGAACUUGCGCAUCAAUUUCAUCACUGUUCGGAAGCUCACUAGUAAAGCAGAUGCCUUUGAAUAUGCUGACCAAGUUUUGGAGAGGUGGUAUCCCACAAUUGAAGAAGGCAGCAAUAAGGGUAUUGUUGUGCUUGUCACCAGUCAAAAAGAAGGAGCAGUCACUGGUGGCCCUGCCUUUGUCCAGGCUGUUGGUGAUACCAUUCUUGAUGCUACAGUAUCAGAGAACCUUCCGGUUUUAGCAACUGAAGAAAAGUACAAUGAAGCAGUUUUCAGCAGUGCCAAACGGCUAGUGGCUGCCAUUGAUGGGCUUCCAGAUCCUGGUGGCCCAUCAGUUAAGGACAACAAACGAGAAUCUAACUUCAAAACCAGGGAAGAGACAGAAGAGAAACGUGGGCAAUUCACUUUUGUAGUUGGAGGUUUGUUAGUGAUAGCUUUUGUUGUGCCCAUGGCACAAUAUUAUGCUUAUGUCUCCAGGAAGUAAGUAGCAUCUAUAUUCUUAGAUAUGUGUUAAAAUUAGGUUCUCUGGAAACUUGUAUAUCUUGUAAUUGUACAAAUGAUCAUGUUGUACAAAUGAUUGAUGAGAAACUUGAACUCAUGAUAAGAGCAUAUUUUUGGGUGAAUUGUAAAAUUUUUACAAAUAUUUUGCUGCCUUCUAGUCCAA